AUUGGGCACAUUGAAUCAAUAUUCAAAAGAAAAAAUGCUACUCCAAGGCAAGGAUCGAUAACCAAUUUUUCAUCUUCAAAGUUAAUCAUCAGUAAAUCUGCGUUCAACAAUCCGGAACAUUCCUUAGAUGGAUUGCAUCUAUUCUCUCAUAUUUGGAUCAUAUUCAUUUUUCAUAAAAAUGGAAAAAGAUUUUGUGGGGCAAAAGUUCAUCCACCACGACUUGACGGAAAAAGUACGGGGGUAUUUGCCAGCCGAAGUCCCCACCGACCCAACCCUAUUGGGCUUACACUGGCCAAAAUUUCCAAAAUUGAAGCUAGCAUUGAAUCUAUAAAGCAGGCGAUAAUUGACGUUUUAUCGUCUGACCCCAGAUCAUCUUACAGGAGGAAUAGAUGCAAAGAUAAAUUAUAUUAUUUCACCAUAGACAACGUACACGUCACGUGCUGGUUUGAUGAUGACAUCACGAGCAAUAAUAGUAAUAAUAAUAAUAAUAACGAUGAUGGUUAUGAGAAGUGCGUUGAAGUUUUAAGAAUAGUUGAUGUUGUUUGA